GUGACUCUCGGCAGUCUCUGCAAAUAACGUUAACAAAAUCCCCCGAAUACUACACAGAUUCAAACACAACCACACCCCGAGGAGUAAAAAGAGGCUUUCGUCAUGGCCAAGAAGGAGGAGCUCCUGAUGGAGGGACCCAAGCGGCUCAACCGCGAGCUGGCCCUUAUGCUGGAGGAUAAGGCGAACUUACAGUUCCGAAACCUGGAGGUGGAGCCAGACAACAUCUUCAAGUGGUACGGCUUGCUGAUGCCCAACUACCCGCCCUACGACAAGGGGGCCUACAAGAUCCAAAUAGACUUUCCAAAGGACUAUCCGUUCAAGCCGCCCCGAAUCCAUGUCAACACCCGCAUAUAUCACCUCAACGUCAACGAGCGCGGUCAGCUGUGUGUGCCCAUCUUGGAGAUUGAGCACUGGCUGCCCACCACGCGGAUCGACCAGGUGCUGCAGGUCCUGCUGGCCACCAUCAACGAUCCCCAGCCGGAGAAUGCCUGGCGCGUGGAAAUGGCCGGCGAGUUCCGGAAUGAUCCGAAAAAGUUCUACAAGAUGGCCGAAGCCUGGGUGACGAAGUACAGUGAACACCGGCCAACGGAGGAGGAGUUGGCCAAGUUUAUCAAGAGGCGUAAGAAGAAGAUGGCCAAGAAUUAGUUUAUUCGGAGUAAAUAUUUAUUUGGCUGUGCUAAUCCCAAAAUUGAAGUCAAAAGUGCCCGGAAAGUAACAAUUGUUAGCCGUAGAUACUCGCUCAACUAUUUAAAUUUCUUGUUUAAUUCGCUGCCGUUUAAUACUCUCCUUGGAAAGAUUAAAGUAAACAAAUCCCAGCCAGAAAA